GGAAGUCCCCGUGUGUGUAGUUCUACCGACAGUAGAGGGAUAACGAGAAGAUAAAGAGAAAUGGCGCCUUGGUACUCCACUCGCUAAGACAUUGCAACAUAAAGAGGACAAUUACAAACAUGGUGAAUACCCGGAGGAGCUCCCUGCCAUUGGCGCACAGUACCAACCAUUACAUCUCAUCCAGGACCAGAUCAUCUGUCAGGAACACAACCAGUUCGGAGGAACACAAUCAUAAAGACCCAGACAGCGAUGCUAGUUCCAGUGGUGCCCGCUUGUCGCCUCCGUCUAAACGCAUUCGCAGGCACACAGCCACGGUGUCCAGUGACAAUUCACCCAACCUCCGAUCCAAAAUGCAGAGGGAGGAGUGGAGUAUCCACACGCGACAGUCCAGGUUGUCUGGCGGUGCAGGGGCUUCGUUGCAGAAUGGACAUAGCAGUUUAUCUCGUAUGGGUCAUCCACGGAGGGGCGAGGGCAGCGGGGAUGCAGACCACUCGCACAUCAACGGUGUUCUAGAGGUCGGGAGAAGCCGUCCGUCCAAGAGGAACAGAUUUGACACCUUGAAUCAAAGCAUGCUGUUUGACCGGCUCGUGAACAGUACUGCAGAGGCUGUGCUUCAGGAAAUGGACAACAUCAGCAGCAUCCGACAGAACAGAGAGGUGGAACGGCUUCGCAUGUGGACCGACACAGAGCUUGAGAACAUGGACAUGUAUUCAAGGGUUAAACGGAGGAGGAAGUCGCUAAGGAGGAACACCUCUGGAAUCCAGCCUCAUCACAAAGUAAUGAGUGAAGCUGAGGGAGAUGAGGGAGGUACGGAAGAGUCUCAUGAUGAUGAGGAGGAAGACGAUGAAGAAGGCGAUGAAGCGGAAGAGCCUGAAGAGGAGAACGACCGGCCUUACAAUCUGAGACAGCGCAAGACCGUGCAGAGAUACCAAGCACCACCCAUAGAGCCGACCAGUCGGAAACAGAGACAGAACACAUUAUUUGAUACCCACAGAUCUCCUGCAAGAAGAAGCCAUAUACGGGUAAAGAAGCAUGCUAUUCACAGCAGCGACACAACGUCCUCGUCGGAUGAAGAGCGCUUUGAGAUGAGGAAAUCCAAAAGCAUGACAAGAGCACGCAACAGGUGCCUCCCUAUGAACUUGAGACCACAACAUCUGGCAAGUGGGGUCCUGCGAGACCGGGUGAAAGUAGGGGCCAGUUUAGCUGAUGUAGAUCCUAUGAGUGUGGACUCCACAGUUCGGUUUGACAGUGUCGGAGGCCUGGCCCAUCAUAUUCAGGCACUGAAGGAGAUGGUGGUUUUUCCUCUGCUGUAUCCUGAAGUAUUUGAGAGGUUUAAGAUUCAGCCUCCAAGAGGUUGUUUGUUCUUCGGCCCUCCUGGCACAGGGAAGACGUUGGUUGCUCGAGCACUCGCCAACGAGUGCAGUCAGGGGGACCGUAAGGUGGCGUUCUUUAUGAGAAAAGGAGCCGACUGUCUAAGCAAAUGGGUAGGCGAGUCGGAACGGCAGCUCAGGCUUCUGUUUGAUCAGGCUUAUUUAAUGCGGCCAUCUAUUAUCUUUUUUGAUGAAAUUGAUGGGUUGGCACCUGUUCGAUCCAGCAGACAAGAUCAAAUUCACAGCUCCAUUGUUUCAACGCUGCUAGCUCUGAUGGAUGGUCUGGAUAACAGAGGGGAAAUAGUUAUAAUUGGUGCUACAAACAGACUUGAUUCUAUUGACCCUGCACUCAGGAGACCUGGGCGCUUCGACAGGGAGUUUCUUUUCAACUUGCCUGAUAAAAAGGCUCGAAAGCACGUUUUACAAAUUCAUACCAGGGACUGGAACCCUAAAUUAGCUGAUGCCUUCCUGGUGGAGCUUGCUGAAAAAUGUGUUGGCUACUGUGGAGCUGACAUCAAAGCACUUUGCACUGAGGCUGCCUUGGUCGCCCUUCGUCGGCGCUAUCCCCAAAUUUACGCCAGUAGUCAGAAGUUGCAGCUUGACGUCUCCUCUAUCGUUCUCGGUCCGCAGGACUUUUACUAUGCCAUGAGGAGCAUUGUGCCCGCGUCGCAUCGUGCCCUGGCGCCCCCGGGGAAAGCACUGUCCUCUGUCAUCAGGCCUCUGCUGGAGAGCACCUUCAAUGGAAUCCUGGUCACUUUACACAGGGUGUUCCCCCACGCAGAGCUCUCACAGGGCGACAAGAAAGAUAUUGUUAGUGAACGCUUGGAAGAUGACAUUUACAGCGAUGAUGACAAUGAUGGUGCUCCAUCAAUUUUUGAUGCUGAUUCGCACUCUGGCUCUCCAAAGAAACAACAGCCUUCAGCAACUGCACAUAAACCCUUCCUUCAUUUCACAGUGUCAGCCUAUCGCCAGCCAACUUCCUACCGACCUCGUCUGCUUGUAGCUGGAGACAGGGGCUCUGGUCAGAGCACGCACCUCGCUCCAGCCAUCCUGCACAGCCUGGAGAAGUUCUCCAUGCACAGACUAGAUCUGCCUACACUGUACUCUGUCAGUGCCAAAACCCCAGAGGAGUCCUGUGCACAGGUGUUCCGCGAGGCACGCAGGACCGUCCCGAGCGUGGUCUACAUGCCCCAGAUAAGCGAGUGGUGGGAGGCCGUUGGUGACACGGUGAGAACGACGUUCCUGACCCUACUUCAGGACAUCCCUUCCUUCUCGCCAGUCCUGAUCCUGGCUACCUCGGAAAUCGCUUACAGGGAGCUGUCGGAGGAGUUGAAAUGCAUCUUCAGGAGCAGGUAUGGCGAAGUAGUCAGUCUGAAGAGACCAAGCGAGGAUGACAGGAGAAGCUUCUUUGAAGACUUGAUUGUUGUACAAGCAGCCAGACCUCCAGCACAAAGGAAAAAAGCAGCCCUUCUUUCCCUGGAGGUGCUUGCUCCCGCUGUGCCCCCGCCGCCCCGCCAGCUCUCAGAGGAGGAACAGAAGAAGCUGGAGGACCAGGAGGAGACCACACUGCGGGAACUGCGGCUCUUUCUCAGGGACGUGACCAAACGGCUGGCCAACGACAAGCGCUUUAACAUCUUUGCCAAACCUGUGGACGUUGAGGAGGUUUCGGAUUACCUUGAAGUUAUUAAACAACCCAUGGAUUUGUCAAAAAUCAUGACCAAAAUCGAUACGCACAAAUACAUCACUGGGAUGGAGUUUCUAGCAGAUAUUGACCUCAUCUCCGGCAAUGCUCUGGAGUACAAUCCGGACAAAGACCCAGGAGAUAAAAUAAUCCGGCAUAGAGCUUGUACCCUGAAAGACACCGCUCAUGCAAUGUUUGCAGCUGAGCUGGAUCCAGAGUUUAAUCGAAUGUGUGACGAGAUCAAGGAAUCGAGGAACAAGAGGGGCUUCCAGAUGACAGCAGAACAAACGGAUCCUUUUGGCUCUGCGUCCAGAAGAAUGGGAACUGGAGGUGAAGUGGCAGCUCGGAGUACACAAGGAAGUGGAACUGAAGGCUCUUCAAAUAAGUGCAGCAAUCACAUCAAGCGAAAGGCGAGGCGGCGGCCGCAAUGGGGCCGGGGCAUCAUCCGGAGGAAGAAGCAUUACCUGAAGAAGGAGGGGGAUGAUGACGAGGAGGAGAUGGGGGGAGAGGACAGUGAGCUGGCUGAGUUUGGGGAAUUGGAUGCCAGCACUGACUGUCUGGAUGACACGGUGGGAGUGGAACCGGCUGACCACUCGUUCAGCCACGACGAGUCCUCCUGUGAUGCCAUUAGGAUGGAGCAGGGGCUCUCUGUAGAAAAUGGAACCACCCUGCAACAGAAUGGCCACCAGCCUUUCAUGGAGGAGGAAAGCUCCAGUGAGCCAAUGUUGCCCAGUGCCAAGGCAGAAAACCCUGCUAAAGAAACAAAACUGAGUGAAGCACCACUUGUUUCCAGCGGUAUCCCUCCUAAAUGGGAGGACUGCAGGAACGGCGAUGGGUCCCUGGAUAGUUUGGACAGCGAAGCCAGUCGUAAGAGUGCUGAAGACAAGGAGGCCCUGACCCAGGUAGACAUGCCUCAGGCAGGUGGGCCUGCAGGGGAUGGGUUAACGUCCCAGGAUAAUCGUUCUGCCCCUGAAAGCCAAGACCAAGGGAAAGGAGGCAUGUCUGCUCCAACUGCCGAGGAGACCACAGCAUCCCAGCACACCGCAUCUGAAACGAAGGAGAUGAAAGAAGAGAAGGAAGGUGUAUCCAAGUUGAAGUACCAUAAAAGUCUUUCAGAGCAGAUGAAGUCAAUAAACAUGGAUAAAAGCCCAGAAACGCCAACGGAACCCACUCCUCCGGUCAUUGUGAACCGUGAACGAUUAGCGAGUCUCUUACAGCUGGUUACCAAGAAGAGUGAAAACUACACUGUUGAUCAGCUAGAGAGACUGUUCUCACUGCUGAGCCAGUGCAUCUAUCAGCACCGCAGGGACUACGACAAGACACAUCUUACAGAGGAUAUGGAAAGAACAGUUGAUACUUUUGAAACAUUCCUGUGAUUUGAUUUUAAAGACAAACAGGUUGAUCCUGACAAACUCUUUACUGAUGGAGAUCAGUUUUUGAGCCAUUUCUUACCUUCAACAUAGAGCUUGGAGCCUCGGUCUUUAAAAAAAAAAAAAAAAAAAAAAACACUCCCUCUCACUUUGUACUAGCGACUUUGGUGCUAUUGUCUCAGGAACCUGGAACCAAACACAGACCUGUAUCAAAGGUUAUCUCUCGUCAACAGACAGAGAGAGUCCGGUGCUGUUUGCAGAUUCUGGUGCUAUCACUGCUCUUGGUUUCAAUAAUUAUAAACAAGCAAGUACAGUCAAUACAAAUAAAAAAAUAAAAUGUAACUUGCCUGCCACUGGAAUAAUGGGAGCUAAUAGGGAGGUCAGUUAAAUCAGCCCUUAUGCUGCUCAAGCAAACUGUAUAAUCUUUUCUAGCCACUGGCAGAAGUUACCAAAACUGUGUAAAUGCAAUUGCUGUGCCAUUUUAUAAUAUUUCUAUUUUCCAAACCAGAUUUGUGUGUUAGAAGUGCUCAGAGUCACUCAUGUAGUAGGUACAGCUAACCAAUACCCCCCAAAAUUAUUGUGUAUUAUUACUUUAAGGAGAACCCCUUUUUUUUCCCCUUUUGUGCUAAGAUCAAACAAACACGAGUUGUGCUGUAUUCUCUCUGCCUAGGUUAUAGCUGGAUUGUAUUGAGAAAGUUCAACAUUGAUUUUAUCGAGGUUAGAGAUCUUAAUCGACGAUAAACAUGUGUAGACUAUUUGAAGAUGAAUGUUGGAGUGAUUUUUGGCAGAUAGUAUACAAGAGCUAUUCAGUUUUAAAUGCUGUGACGGCAGUGCAGCUACACUACUGACUUCAAUCCAAAUAAAAUCUAACAACAGUGUUGAUAAGAGCCUGUUAAAAAAAUCCUGGCUUUUUUUUUUUUUUUAUUUUUUUUUUUUAUUUUGGCCAGUCCCAGCUGGAAAAGGUGGCACAGUUUGCUUUCAUGAAAUGGAACUGCUUUCCUUUGGGUUUAUAAUGUCAUUUUGUAUGUCCACUGUACAAACUGAACCCUGUUUGAGUAUGUUCUUUUGUGUCACAACAAGUAGCUGAAAUAACUGGAUGCAGUUAACAGAUAGAAAGCCUCUCUCUUGUGGUUUCCACUGCCUAGCAUGUGCCUUAUUACUGUACCGAAUUGUAAAGUCCUGCUGCUGGUAGGUAUGUGUGCUAGAAUAUUCAGUGUAGAGUGUGUUUAGCCUCUUGAGAUUUAAUAUUUCAAAGCUGCUUUUUUUUUUUUUUUCAGGUCUGAAAUCUGCAUUGAAAUAUUUCACAAAGCACACAGGCUGUUUUUUUCUGAAUAGCAAAAGGGAAACUGGUGCUAAUCAAUUUAUCUAGUGCAGAUUUCAUCCCAAACCUUUUCACAAGGGAAAAGCAAUAGAGUGCAAAGUAGUAUUAUCUUUAUUAUUAUUUUAAUACAGAUAUUUAAUAUAUAGUUUAUGGCCGGUUAUUAGUACAACCCUGAUAGACAACUUCUGGUUAUUAACAACAUUUUCCCAGAAACCAAUCCCGUCCCAUAGACUUUCAUGUUUGUUUCACUCAUUCUAAGGACAAUUGUAGUACUAUUCUAGCCUACUUCUUUUUUGUUUGCUUUACACACGGGUGAAGUAAACAGUUCUGUUUGGGUAUUUAGUGUUUCUCUUGUUAAUAUAAUAACUUUAUAGUAACUUUUAAAACACAUGUAUAUCUGUGCCGUAUUUGUACAACUACAGUAUAUAUCGUUCCAUAUAAAUACACUUGAAAACGGGGGCUUUUUGUUUAUUGACAACUUUUGGUUAAUGACAACUUUUUUGCUUGGAUCCGAGAGGUAGUUAAUAAGCGGCAUCUACUGUAUGUAUAUUUCUUUUCUGAUGUGUCCCCUUAUUUAUUUUUGCUAGAAAAUGUAUUUAUUUUUGCUAGUCUUUUUAGUAUUCCCAUAGUGCAUCAGAAGACCAUUCUAGGCAGUGUUGGUUUUUAGUCAAGUUACAGAGAGCAUUACUUUGUGUGGUUUCUCGUAUUUCCAAGCAUGGCAUUGUUGAUCAUUUUCCAAAAGCUGAUCAGAACAAUAUUACAGAGCCAGUCUUACCAUCUCCAUUCACUACAGCCUUUCAAGCAGUAUCCGGUGCAGCCUUCAAAGAUAUGCAACACAGUACUUCAAGGAAUGAAUAUUGGACUACUGCAGAGAUAAUACAGAGCUACCUCGGCUUUUUUAAUGUAUAAAUUACGGCUGUUUACUGGCUAUCGACAGUAUUUGUUGUGUACUUUCUUCUACAGUUUAUGUACUGUGAAGCUAAGGUACUGGAUCAAUUCAUAUAGUAAACUUUAAUUUUGUUUGACAACUGCAGUAAUCCAAAACUCGCCUUCAUCUGAUCCUAGGGGAAAAAUCAGCAGCUUUUAUUUACAAAAAAUGCCAUUUACUGUAUGUUUUUAAAUGUUUAAAGUAGACUUGUACUUUUGUUGUUUUGGUUCAGAAGUAGGCAGACUUUUAAAAUUAUACCUUGGAAUUUAAUGUGGUGUUUUUUUCUUAAAAAACAAAAAAACAAAAAAAUAUAUAUGUGGGUGUUUUUAUAGUAAUAUUAAUAAACUUAAACAGCCUUUUGUACUUCAGAAGUUUUGGGAAAUUGUUAUGAGCAUUAAGUUUUUUGCUGAACACAACGUAGCAACAUUUUGUAGCAAGUUUCUGAAAAAAUGGUUUUUGCAGGUCUCAGGUUUUUGCUGCAUUUAUAAACUAAAAAAAAAAAUCCCUUUGUAAAGAACACUUUUUUUUUUCAGUAGCAGUACUUCUGUAAAAUAACUGCAGCUUUACAAAAAAGUGCGUCAGAAAAGUGGGCUCUGUGACCCGUGGGUGAUUGUAAGAUGGAAAUGUAAAAUGAUUUUCUAAGUAAUAAGCAUUUUUGAAAUAGUGCUGAGAUACUGACCGCUUCUUUGUGCUCUGUAACAUAUAUAUGCCCCAUGGCAGAAGUAACCGUUGAUUGUCUGAUACCUGGGUGUGAUGGUCUAGAAUGGUCCCAAAAUACAGCUUAACCUUUUAAAAUGUAUUAUUUAAGCUGUAUUCUUCACAAGCCAAUACAUUUGUCAUAAUCUUUACCACUUUGCUCCUGGUCAGAAAUGUUGCUGAAUGUGCUUUGGAGUCAAUGAGUCCUAAAGAAAAUAUCCCAACAUUAGUUUGUCAGCUAAAGGUCUUCAGAGAAUAAUUGACUUCAAUGUCCAAUGUAUUGUUGUAACUUUCUUUUAAUACGCACUUUGCAAUAAUUCUGGGUUCUGGUGCUCCAGAUAAAAGAGAGAGUCAAACAAAGCGGGCAGGUGGUUAACAUGCCACGACAGCAUUGAUUUUAUUCUAGUUAGCGAUUUUAGAAACACAUUUUGUACUUAUGUGCUUAUGGUAUCAGUCACUCCCCCUGAAAGCUGUCUAGAAAAUAUACCACUCUGAAAAAUUGCAGGAAUCCAUAAAGUUAAAAGCUAUUGAUUCGUUAAGUGAAAAACUUCGAGAAACCUGUUCUGCUCUGUGUCCCGGGCCUUUCCUGUGACUGUGUAACUGAAGCCCUGGUGAUUUGGCCUCAUCGUAACUGUGUCAGAAUUACUACAAGACCUUCUGAUUAUUGGCUACUUUAAAAAAGGUGGUAUUGAUUAUUAAUUAUGGUUAACAACCUCGGCUGUUAGUGCAGAACCUUCCUUACCAGCCUAAAGGUCUGAGGAGAUUUUACAGCAACAUUGAUUCUGUCCAGACACCAUAACUGCUGGGGUUUUGACACAGGGUUUAUGCGCCUCUUGUGACUAAAACUGCACAUUUUUGCCCAUUAGCAAUUUUGUUGACUUCUCAGAUUUCAAUAUAGUUCUAAUAUGCCAGUUUGAUUUCUGUAUCCUCCCUCUCUCUUAAAAUAAAUAAAUGCUAACAUUGCAUACUGAAUGUUAGGUCACAAUGUUGAACCUUUACAAUGUAAUCUUGAAUUUGUUGGGAUUUUUUUUCCAUGUAUGUAUGUAUGUAUGUAUGUAUGUAUGUAUUCAUUGACUGGCUUUGGUUUUUGCAGGUUUAUCCCAGAUUGUAUAACGUGACAUUUUGCUUUUUUUAUUGUCAAUAUAGUACAGAUAAGUUAUUGUGUUUUUUUUCUUUGAAAUUUGUAGUACUUACUGUAAUUUUCCAGAAAACUGCAGUGUGAUACUUGAAUAAAGGUGAAAAAUUGAAUUGUUUGCAAAUGGUUUUAUGUAUUUUAUUUUUUUAAAUACUCAGUUUAGUUGUAAAAUGUAAGUGGAGGUAAGUACAGCCCAGCAAAAAAUAACCCAUCUAGAUUGUUCCCUUGAAGGGCUGAUCUAGCAUCAGUUUACGAAGAGUGCAAGUGAUAUGAUCCAGGAUUGUGUGUACCUGAAAUCUGAAACAGUUUGUGUUGUAGGGCAGCAUUAAAACUUGCUUGUAUUGCAAUUGAAGAUAUUGUAGUAGUUCUGAAUAUCAGUUCUUAAGAUGUAUUUAUGUGCAUUUGUAUGUAAAUUGAUCUUAAAUAAUCUUCCAGUUGAGAUUUUAUUAAUAUGGGUGUACAUUUUACAUGAUAAACCAUUCCUUUGUGACAUCAAAUAUAUUUUCAGGGUGGUUGGAGACAACUGUGGGGGUAAAAGAUAUAUUUGGUGUGUAAAACAGUAUUCUCUGAUUUUACUGCUGCAAUUGUAUCGUUUGUUUUUAAAAACUGCAACUGCAUUAUCUUUGUGCAUUAUCUUUGACUCAUAUCUCUGAGACACGUUCAGAAUGCAAUUAAAUGAGGUCCUGUGGAUAGGUUCAGCUUCUAAUUAGAGACUUUACACUCCUGUUUAUUGAUGCAGGCCACACUGUCUUUUACUUCAUAAUUUACAAACCAUUCAAGUCCACAAUUUAGGGUGAGGCCAUAUACACAGUAAAUUGUAUGUAGUAUACUGUUACUCUACUAAUUGACUAUUUUUAAUGUAAACAAGGGAGCAAAGUAUUUUUAAAAGGUAAUUGAAAAGUAGUCCAUGUGAAUGGGAUUUAUUAGAAGAUUGAAGCCAGCAAACUGUAUACUGAGCGUGGCUGCCCUGAAUCACAACCUUAAAAUGGUGCCAUGCUGGAUUGUUUUAAAAUCCAAUGCAAUUAAACUGUUGGAAUGGGUUCAACUGUACAGCAAGUAGCCUCGUCUAGCAGGAGUCACUUUUGAAGUUAAUAACAUUCCAGUUGUAAUGCAUCAAUUCUGACAUUUGUUUACCCUGUUUUAUAAAGACUACCUGUUUUUUACAGCAUGCUCUCCUCCCCAUUGUAUUCUAAAAUCUGCCUCUUCAGCUGUAAGGUGGUGUAACUGAAUUAAACUGUUUUGUACAAGAAGAGGUCAGACCUGAACCACAACUUGAAUUCUUAAAAUCCUUAAAUAAUAAAAAGAGAAGUUUGUGUGUGUUUUUUCUGUGCCUUUUAUUGUUAUAUUGUUUUUAGAGUAAAAGAAGGACAUUCAAAACUCUGUUGAGCAUAUGCUGGUUUGCAUGAUUUCAGUAUCUAUCCUCAACAUUGCCUUGAUGUUACGGAGAUAACUUUAGGUUCUAUUGUUCUCCUUACUAAACUACUCUGUGCAGCUCCCCACUCGCCUCAUCUCCAACAAAAUGAAGACUGAUGGAACUGCCCUACCCUUUGUUACACUGGUUAGACAGGAAUGAUAUUUCUAAAAUGGCUUCUUAUUUCACUUUGCAAGAACAAGUUUAUUGCUGAAAGUACUCUUCUAGCGUUUAACCAGCCUACAGUACGGCUCCUAUGAAAUGCUGUACAGUAUGCCUUGGUUAUUUCCAGAUAGCAUUGUGUACAAGUGUGCUUUUUUUUUUU